CCAAGGCCGGUCCCGCCCGCCGCUGAGGGAGAGCGGCGCCCCCCUGCCCGGCGGGGGUCCCGCGGCGGAGGCGCUGCCCGCGGCUGGGGAAGGCUGCCCGGGGAGGCGGUCAGAGUGCGAUGCUUCAAAAUGUUAGCAGAAACUAAAACGUUUAUUGGUAAAUCCCUUCAGCCAGCACGACCUGUGCGUCAUCUGCCUUCUAAACAAGCAUCAGCCAUUGCUUUUAACAUUCAGACUGAAUUACCUAGCAACACUGAAGCAUGUUUGCAGAGUAAGGUUGACAGGUUAUCGGAAAUGACUGAAGUGAAGAUCUUAACUCAAACUGUGAUGCCCCAUCAACCAAACCAGCAUGAAUCAGAAGCAAAGAAAGAAAGGAUCAAAUACAGCAGAGAUUUCCUUCUGAAACUUUCAAGUGUUUCUCUCUCACUGAAGAAGCCAAAGUUUCUUCCUGAUCAUCCAAUUGUACUUGAAAAGCCAGAAAAAAGCAACCCUUUUACUGACAUGUGCAAGAAGUGACAGGUUGUUUGGAAAAUGAGAAAUCCGUUAGUGAAGGAGCUACAUAUGCAGAUCUUUUAAGAUUUUUGAAGGUACUUGGGUGCCUACAGAUGAAAGUAGGACCCUAUGAAACUUAUGGAAAUGCCUGUUUCUUCCUGUAAUUGCCUGAAAGCUUUAAAAGACAAACUUUUAAUUUGUAAUGCCUGAGAUGGUAAUACAAUUAAAGUGAAAAUAAAUAAUUUUGCAUUUUGCCUGACAGAAUUUUGUCCUUGAAUUGUCUGUGUUAUGUAGCCAUAUAGUUUCUCUGACCAUAAAUUCUAAACCAAUACUUGAC